AAAACUCCAUUAAUGCCUAUAAAUUAAUGACUUACCCACCCACUAGAAAACCUGAUAAUCACAAACACAGGAUUCCAACAAAAUGGGCUUUCAUUUCUUUGUUGCAGUACUAAUGUUGUGGUCAGUUCCAGUUUCAGAUUCUCAACCAAGCGCAGCAAUGGAAUUCCUGGAGGCACACAACGAAGCAAGAUCCUUAGUGGGUGUUGCACCUCUCAAGUGGAGCGAGAAGGUAGCCAAGGCCAGCAGUCUUCUGGUGAGAUUCCAGAGGAGCCACAUGGGUUGCCAGUUCGCCAACCUGAGCGGCGGCAAGUACGAGUAUGGUGCGAACCAGUUGUGGGGAAGUGGAGUGGCGGUGACUCCAAGAAUGGCGGUGGAGACUUGGGUAAAGGAGAAGAUGUAUUAUAACUACAGUAACAAUUCUUGUGCGCCGAAUCACAGGUGCGGCGUCUACACGCAGGUGGUUUGGAGGAAUUCGACUGAGUUAGGGUGCGCACAAGCUACGUGUCUUCAACAAAAAGCUACUUUAACUAUCUGUUUCUAUAAUCCUCCUGGUAAUUAUGUAGGGGAGAAACCUUACUAGACAAAUCUUUUUUGUUCGAUCUAGAUGAAGUCGAUGCAAUGCCUGGUCAGAUCUGAGAUAUAUCACACUCUCUUUCUCUCUCUCUCUCUCUCUCUCUAUAUAUAUAUAUAUAUUUAUUUGGUCUAAUAUGUUUUGUGUAUGAGUCAAUAAUUAACACUUUAUGUAUUAUUUAUAUUUUUUAUGGGAA